AUGCCACAUACUCUCGUCACCGGCGCGAACUCCUUCGUCGCCUCCCACAUUAUCAAUGAAUUGAUAGCCUCCGGCCACACAGUGACCGGCUGCGUCCGUCGUCCCACUGCCGGCGACGCCAUCCUCAACACCCACCCUGAAUGGCAAGAAAAGCUCUCCAUCGCCAUAGUCGAAGACUACACCCAGCAAGACGUCCUCGACAAAAUCUUCAAGGCACGCCAAUACGACCACGUCAUCCACGUCGCCAUCCCCUGGACCUCCUCCCCGACCGCCGACUUCGGCACCGCCUGGCUACAGCCCUCCGUCAACGGCAUCCUCGCCCUCCUCCGCUCCAUCGCUGUCACCGGCUCCAUCCUCGCCGCCACCACGGGCUCCCGCGCCGAGCUCCUCAACAUCAUCUUCACCAACGCCUUCGGGACGCCCCUCACGUCCGCCACUGCGCGCGCCUCAGCAAACAUCAUGCUCGCGUACGCCAGCAGCACAAAGGAAGCCGAGCGCGCGCGCUGUGGGCCGCAGGUUUACAGCUUGUCUGACGGGACGUUUGCGGAGGUGCCGGGUACGCAUGGGGUUCUGUUUCCGUCGUAUGUCGAUGUGCGGAAUUUGGCGACGGCGCAUGUGAGGGCGUUGACGGAGCCGCGGGUGAGGGGUAGGAGGGCUUUGGUUGGGGGGAUGGCGCUGUUGGCGACGGCGGUUGUGGAGGCGAUGGGGAGGCUGGCGGGGAGGGAGGGGGCGGAGGGGAGGUGA